UUAAGAAUCAGCUGAUUCUUUUGUAAUUCCUUUUUAAAGACAUGAACGAUCUACAAGGAGUGAAGAGUCCUUUGAGGGUUUCUUUUCAAGUUUUAGAUUUGGUCAGAUCGACGCACGGAGGUCCUGGAAGUAUUUAAUCUAGAGGAUGACGGUGUCACGGCGCACAUUAAAGCACGCGCAGGUGAAAACGCAGUCUGUCUGAGGAGAAAGUCACUCAUUUAAUUUGUUUUUAAAAUAAAAACUAUGGAUGAUCUAUUUUUUGACUUCGACCAGGAUGGCACCCCGGAUUUUGCUUUUUGGGGACAGGUUGAUCCAAACUUCCAGUUUCAGAGCCAGCUUGACUCGCUGCUGCUGGACAGCAGCGCAGCUUCCGGCCAGAUGUCUCCCUGGUCCUCCUUCGGCUGUCAGUCCGUCUUUCCAGACGCGCAGGUGACCCUCACCGACUUGGACGUGCAGUCGCCGACUUCAGGCGGAGAAGCGGAGAGCGCACACGAGCUGCCGGAGUUGAGCAAGCGCAGGGCGCGCAGGCUGGUGUGCCAUCAGCCCUACAAGGUGCAGCGGCACGCCGCCAACAUCCGGGAGAGGAAGAGGAUGCUGAGCAUCAACUCCGCCUUCGAGGAGCUGCGCUGCCACGUUCCGACGUUCCCCUACGAGAAGCGUCUGUCCAAGAUAGACACCCUGAGACUGGCCAUCGCCUACAUCGCCCUACUGAGAGAAAUCCUCAUGUCGGGAUGUGACCCCAAGUCCUACGUGGACGAGUGCAUGAAAAGCGGCUACAAGAACCAAACCAACGCCAUCUGGAACACAAGUGACCUGACAGCCCGGCUCUCUUGGAUAAAGUGGGAUUAACCGAUGAACAUGGGGCGACCAGAGUGUGCCGAGUGCACGAGGAGGUGGUUUGGGUUUUUUCUCCCACUUUUUUCCUCUACCUCUGAAAAGACAGACAGGCAGCCAGCCGGCAUGACGCAGGCGAACGAUCGACAUCUGUGGACUUCUCACCAGGUCAUCC